AUGCACCCGCUCAACGACCUAACACCCGCCGAAAUCAACGCCGCUCGAGGCCUGGUGCAGUCGCUUCAUGGCUCCGAGACGCUCAUCUUCAAAGCCAUUACUCUUGAUGAGCCUCGCAAGCAGGAGAUGGUGGCGUACCUGGUGGCCGAGAUGAACGGACAGCGUGCGGUCGCCCCGCCCCGUCUUGCCUACUGCGUCUACUACCUCAAGUCCAGUGACACCCUCAUGACAACAUGGAUCAACCUCACAACCCACGCAAUCGCCCGCUCCGAGCCGGCCGACCCAACCUUCCACGGCAAUGUCGAUUUUGACGAAGUCCAGCAGGUCGAGGACAUGGUGAUGCAGGAUCCCACCGUCCUCGCCGAGAUCGCCAAACUGCAACUCCCCGAUCAUCUGACCGUCGUCGCCGAGGCCUGGGGGUUCGGUUCUGACGGGGGAAUCGACGAUAGGCACCGCCAGUACCAGGUUUACAUGUUCGUGUCAGAGACCAACAACCUAGACAGCAACCACUACGCGCGACCUCUGAAUUUCUCGCCCGUUGUGGAUCCCGUGCGUAUGGUCGUCACUCGGAUCGAGAUGCUGCCCACCGGCGUCGAUGAUGCACGUGCUGAGGGCGUAACACCGUACAAGGACUUAGGUCCGAAUGAAUACAUCCCCGAGGCGCAGACACUGCGUGAGGACCUCAAGCCUCUGACUGUGGCCCAGCCAGAAGGCGCAUCUUUCACCAUUGACGGGGACAACGUCCUCCGCUGGCAAAAGUGGCAUUUCCGGAUUGGCUUCAACUACCGCGAGGGCAUUGUGCUGCGCGACGUCCGCUACGAUAACCAGCCGCUGUUCUACAGGAUGAGUCUGAGUGAGAUGACGGUGCCGUAUGCGGAUCCUCGGUCUCCGUACUUCCGCAAGCAGGCGUUUGAUCUAGGCGAUGUGGGCGCGGGACUCGUUGCUAAUGAUCUCCGCCUUGGAUGCGACUGUCUCGGAGCGAUCGCGUAUCUGGAUGGUUGGAUUAGUGAUCGGAAGGGAAGACCGCUGAAGAAAGACAACGCAGUCUGCAUCCAUGAACAGGAUAACGGCAUUGGCUGGAAGCAUACAAACUACCGGACUGGGCGUGCAUGCGUCGUCCGCAACCGCGAGCUCGUCAUCCAAAGCAUCCUAACCGUCUCCAACUACGAGUACAUCCUCGCCUUCAAAUUCAACCAAGCCGGUCAAAUCGACUACGAGGUGCGGGCGACAGGCAUCCUCUCGACAUGCGCCAUCGACGAGAACCAGACCGUUCCCUUCGGCACAAUCGUCCAUCCCGGCGUCCUUGCAACCCACCACCAGCACAUCCUCAGUCUCCGUCUCGACCCAGCCCUCGGCUCCUACACAUCCGGCAACCAACUCGCCUACACGGAGACGACCCCGAUCCCGCACGACGCCGCGCACGGAAAUCCACACGGGAACGGAUACGUCUCGGGCACAACGACCGUCCCCGUCUCAGGCGGUUUGGACCUCAACACGGAACGCGGCCGCAUCUUCUCCAUUCAGAACCCCAGUAUCCGGAACCCCGUCAAUGGCCUGCCGGCCUCGUAUAAGAUCCACUCGCCCCCGCUGCAGAAGAUGCUUGCGGCCCCUGACAGCAUCCAUUUCCGCAGAGCGGAGUUCGCAGACCAUGAGAUCUACGUCACGAAGUAUAACGAGGAUGAGCUGUUCUCCGGCGGGAAGUUUACGAAUCAGAGCCAAGGCGGCACAGGCAUCAAGACCUGGGUCGCGCGGCAGGACCGCGUCGAGGACGAGGAUAUCGUCGUCUGGGUGCAGUUCGGGAUCAACCAUGUCCCCCGGAUCGAGGAUUUCCCUGUGAUGCCCGUUGAGAUCCUUACUGUCUCGCUGAAACCGGUCAACUUCUUCACGCGGAACCCCGCGAUCGAUGUGCCGCCGUCCACGCAGGAACGGAAUUGUUCGGUGAGGGUUGAGGUUGGGAAGGAGGUUUCUGGGGGUGCUCAUGGUGCUGCGGCGUGUUGUGAGAGAAAGAGCCUGUUGUAG